AUGGAGGUGGCCGCCCUGACAAGUGGUGGCGGCACGACGACGGUCGGUAACCCGCGCGGACCGUUCCAGCGUGAGGUGCGCGAGUGGCAACAUGUCGAUCCAAAUACGGGCGCGCUGCUGACGGGACGCCUCGAGGCGGACCGCUGGGUGAACGGACCGCUCAACAGCUACGGCAAGAUGGUCGCCCAAAACCUGUCGACACCGGACGGCACGCAGCACACGCAGCGGAAGCAGAUGGAGAUCCUUCAGGCCCGCACGUCCACCGGCUCGCUACAAGUGGUCCGGGCGCAAACCGUGCAAACCACCUCGUCCCGCUGGUCAACGUCGACGCUCCACCAGCACCAGGAAAUCUCGAGCAGCACUGGCGCCGGCCCCACCGUUCCUGUAGCGCACCUUGGCGGCGCAUCCAGUGCACUGGUCGCCUCACUCACGGCUAAUGGUUUCCCCAGCCACCACCACCAGCCCCGUUUGUCGCACGGUUCCCCGUUCCACCGACCGGUGGCCGGUUCCAGUAGACUGCUGAGCUCGAGCUUUACCCGAUCGGGUCCACCGGCGCCCGACGACAUGCCGUCCGCUGCUGUCACCCAGAACUCUCCAUCAACGCUGUCACUCGCCAGCCCGGCCAAGUCGUUCUCGGCACGGUAUGCUGGCAUCUCCACCUCCGCCAACCACGAGUCACUGUUCUCGAGCCCGACCACAGCAGCAGCCUCCAGCAGCCUCAUCACCGGUAGCCCGCUGCGGUAUGGCAGGUUCAGCCAGGCCGGCGGAUCGGAAGCCAACGAUCGAUCUUACGCUCCAGCGCAAACCGUUGCAGUCGAAUCAGAACGUUCAAGCGGCGGCAACAUUCCGCUGGCCCGCGGUAAGAGCAUUUCGAUCGAGGACCUUUCGACCGAGCGCGACGAAGCCAACUUCGAUGACGACGUCGAGCCCACGCAGUGGAAGCGAGUGAGCAAAAUACGGCGAUCAUUACAGUUUCCAAGGAAAACCACCCCGAGGACCAGCAGCCGGCCGAUCGAUCUGCCCGAGAACUCCGUCAGUGUGUCCCGCAUCUGCCAGGAGUUGGAAAACGGGCGGCGCCUCAACACGGCCAUGAGAAACAAUCACAUCGACUUUGUGGCCCUCGACAACAUUCUCAAGAGCGUAACGGAGCCAACGGGCUCGAGCAGCGCCAAGCCGGAAGUGUCACCGCCGCCGAAGUCACCGCCGAAGACGUCCUUCCUGACGGCGGAGUCCUUGCGCGAGAUCCGGGGGCGUUUGCGGCGACUCAGCAACGAGUGUCUGUACCGGGACGACAUGAGCCCGGGCGAGGAGCCGACGAACCGACGGCCAAGCGAUUCCGGUGAUGAUUCCGCUACGGGCGUCACGAUCACCGAGGUGGAGACCCGGUUCGGGCAGCUAGAAACGAGCAGCUCGUCCGAUUCGAACUACCAGAGCAACAGUCUGCAGUCGGCCACCACCAAGAAGCCACCGGACGCGGCCGUCCUGGCACCGGACGAUUGGCAUUCACGCCGCAAAUCGUACGGCUUCGAGCGCAUGACUCAGCAGCCGCUCGGUGGCAGCUUUGGGAUGGCAAAGAUGGACUCGUCGACCGACAGCGGAAUCGGCCGCUCGUCCGAGCUGAGCUCGAGCUGGUCCAGUGGCGGAGGGCCCACGGAGAGCGCCUACCAGCGGGCCACCAUCGUGACGCUGGGUGAACAGCGGCCAACGGCCACCGCGAAGCCGAACCCGGCCAUGGUGAUCAAAAUCAAGGCCGAAGCCGGCGGAACGGCCGAUGCGGAACAGGACGACGAACCAAAGCGCCACUCGAUCGCCGUCGACGAGACGAGCUACGUUCGGGACAGUCUGCGGAGCAUGUUCGAGCGCAAGUCGUCGGUCAACGUGAACGGAUUCAGCCACACGUUCAUCGACGAGAUGAGCCGCAACAAGAAACGGGUUGAGUUCUGCAAAACCGAGGUCCACUUCACGGCCGACUCGGGCCGCGUGAACAUCGUCGAGACGGACGAGAAGCCACCGCCGACCAACAACUUCCGACGCCGCCGGCGCCCAUCUGGUUCGUCGCCUGCUGGCGGCUACAUGCUGAUCGACUCCGGCGGAUGUCUGGCGGAUGGCAAUGGGGCGGGUGAAAGCAGUGCCGGUCCCCUGGAACACGAAGCGGAACUGCCGGUGGUGGUCACGACGACGAUCGGCGUAAGUCGGGCGGCGCCGGAACCGACUCCGCGAAAGUUUGUUCCACCGAGUGCGCCGUCCACCGCCGCACCGGGACCGUCGGUUUCGGACGACAGCGAUGGCCACUCGGCGGACGAGAUAUCGCUCCGGGGCAUCCUGAAGAACAAACCGGUCAAACCGAAGCCGUACGUGCUGGGCGAGCACCUGGAGAGCAGCGAGAGUCUGUGGGGCGUGAAGCUGCGGCCGGUCAGUGGGACACUGGCGGUCGAGCCGACCAACCUGAGGCUGAGCGUCGAUCUUGGGGGUGAACCGAAGAGCGUGUCGCCUCUGGCCGGGAGCUACUCGACGAAGAUCAACCUCACGCAGCAACCGACUGCCUCGCCGACUGCGGCCAGCUCCUGGAACACCACCGUUGCAGCGGACAAGUUCCAAGUCUCCCAUGACCCGGCGGCCGCGAAGUCGACCACGAAGAUCCUGAUCGAUAUGACAUCGGUUGCGGCAGCGGCAACGGCUGCGACGACGACGACGAAGGCUACCGGGCCAGCGGACGCCCUGAAGUCCACUUCGCUGAUCAUGCGCACGAUGCGAUCGGCAACGCAGUUCGAUGAAGCGCUGAAAAGCCUACAGGCCGUCCGGCGUGACUCACUGGAGGACGGGAGCGGUCCCGGGAUGCCACUGUACCACCAGCAACUGAGCCUGUCGGCGGACAUCGCGAAACCGCGGCGCCAUUCGGCGUUCCAGCUGAUCGGGGCCGGCAGCCAGUCGAUCGCCAAGUCGAGCAGCGCCAGCAGCAUCUACGUCGAGUACCCAAAGCUGAAGGUGGGCAAGUAUGCGUCCUCCCUCGACGGGGACCCACUGGACCGGUUGGACACCGGUGGCCACUCGUCCCGAUACGCCGGAAUGCCGACGAGCAUGAUCAGCACCCGGCGCUCGCUGACCAACGAGUCGCGCCUGUCGGACCUGGAGGCGUACGUGAGCAAAAACAUGGCCGUGCGACGAUCGAGCACGGCCGACGACAUCGCUCAGGCGGCCAGCAAACCGAUCGCUGCGCCACGGCUGAAGAAGCUCGGCUCGAGUGUGCUGAGUCAGCAGCUGUCACAGUUGAGACGACUGUACGAUGCGGCCGAGCAGUAUGAUAGCGACAGCGAUAGUGCCAAGGCGGACGAGGAAGUCAACCGGUACCUGGGCAGCUUGGCCGAUGGUUCGCUGGCAACGGCUGCUGCCGGGGUCGAGGAAAAGCUGACCACCGAGGUGUCGGGCAGCUGGAGCCGGAUCAAGGCGAAGCGCAACAUUCAGAAGAACUACGGCACGGCUCGAGAUGCGUCGGUGAACUCGUCCGCAGAAUUCGAGAUCGUGAAGCCCUCGGCGGCCCGGAUCAGUCGCCAGGCAGUCAAGCCGUCAAACGUGAUGUCGAUCGAGCUGAAAAGUCCGAUUCCCGCCAAGAAACAGCCCUCGCCCCGUACCUCUAGUCCAGACCGACCCACGAAGUCCCAAUCGAACGACGAGUCGACGGCUCCGUCAACGAACUUUCGAAGACACAUUCCGACCAAGACGACAACGACGGCGGCGGCGGCUACGGCGGGCGGAUCUCGUCCGUCGGCCGGCGCCGCCAGCGAGGAACGGGCCUCGCUCCGGCUAUCGUCCGGGGCGCGGCAACUGCGCGAUCAUGAACUGUCAUUCUUCGGCGUAAACCCGAACAAGCAGCAGUCGUCCGGAUCGGUCCGAACCGGUAAACCCCAAACGACCCCAUCGAUCGCCACCGGCUCAGCGUUCCAACGCUCAGCCACCCUAACCUCGUCCUUUAUGCGGCGGUCCGGUGUACAGACUGGCGGCACCGCAACGGCCACCAGCUGGCAGCUAACGAACGAUAAACCGGAUCUACUGCGCCACGGACACAUCGGUGGACACAACUCGAGCGUAAGUGUGAAUAGCAGCAGCAGCAGCGUGACCACGUCCACGCUCUCGUCCGCCGCCGAAGGACCGCACUACGAAAAUCUGGCCCAUUUUGCGCCCAAACCGAAAGCAGCCCAACGAACGGCGGCCAGCGGGUCCGACUACGCACCGCCGCCAUCGACCACCACCAGCAGCAAGGAUGUGGUGGCCCCGUACGAUCGCAAGAAGGAUCUCGAGCGCGACGAGCGCAUCCUCGAGGAGCUCACCCGGGCUGCAGAUGAAAUUUUGAAUGUUGUCAACAACAUGUCCAACGGUGAGAGUGUCGAGAGCAUCCUGAGCGAGCUGAACGAUGGCGGCGAACACCAUCGGCGGCUAUCGAACGGAGGCUGCGCCCUCGGCACGAUCCGCGAGUGCUCCACCACGAACAAGAUCAUGAAGUCGCGGGGCGUGCAAGUGUCCAAGAACCUGGACGAUAGCCUCAAGCGCCACCACUAUCGCCAGUGUGGUAAAGUGUCAUCCGCAUCGUCGAACGAAAGUAUUGGCCACCGGGCAGAGGGCACCGGCUUCACGAGAAGUCACUCGAUGCGUGGCACAUCCUCGGUACAGUCGGGUUCAACGGCCGAUGGCUUGUCGUCGCGAUCCGGCUCUAGCCGACGCAGUCGCCCCCAGAUGUCCACGUCCAGCGGCGAAUCGAGCCGACGGUUGGUGCGUAUGUGCAGCAAGGAGAAGCUACAGUCAAACGCCAGCUCCUCGGAGGACCUCCCGAACGGUGGGGUCGUGGAGCCACCGCGUAGACCGCGCCGCACCCGGUACGUUUCGAAGGACCAGCCGGUGGCGCGAUCGACGGAGCGCGUGUCCGGAUCUUCGUCGCAUCGAUCGCAUCGCAGUGAGCGAUCGAAUGGUUCGAUCCGCAGUUCCAGCUCCAGAAACGGACACGGCGCUGCCAACGGGCACAGUCCCUGCAUCGGAUUGCGUCCCGUAAAGACGGUGGUGGCCGGCAUCGGACAACCGGCAGCUGUGCAGCCCGGCCAGGCCGGAACCGCGCUGUCGAGCACAACGACGUCAUCCAGAAAACACUACCGAUGAAUUUGGACGAUCGCCGCGCAACACAUUUGUAGCGGCUCCCGAGAACCGUCCGGGGGCGAGCGGUUGCGUCAGAUGAUAAGAGGACAUGCGGCCGUUACAUGCCACUGGGGGAGAAUCUAGAACAAGACGUCCCGUCCGUGGGGAAGCAACGAUAAUGCAGAGCGAAGAAGUGGGCCUGGGAUGGAGUUUUCUAGAAGCCACACCGGGCCCUGGGACCCGAACAACGAAACGAAUUCACGAACCGUCCCCCACCGGGGCCGACAUUCGGAUGCGGACAAGAAUACUAGAAUGUGUUAUUAUUAUUAUUAUCAUUAUUAUUACUACUAUUUUGUGUGAGUAGUUGUGUGUAUGUGUUAUCAAUUCUCGAAAGCCGACGGGGACAGGUGACGGCCGGCUCGUAGCCGCUAACCUUGUGAUCACUUUAUAGCCUUUUCUCACCUCUCUCUCUCUCUGUCUGUCUGUCUCGGUACUUACGGAUACGUUUCGCUUCACUACCGAUAAUAUUACAGUUCCACGGCUAAGCUCUAAGCGCUAAAGUUAGUUAGACUCUAAGGAACGGCACGGACGCACCGGGACACACGGUGACGUCCACUAGCGCAAAACACACACUCUGUAACAGUAACACACCGG